AUAUUGUUACAACACUGUGGAAUCAUCUGUGAAGUCACGUCCAUUAUUCUAAUGAGUUUUCUUCAAAUUAGUCCUUCUUUCCUUUGUUUAAAAUGAAUGACACGUGUCUAUGGUAUUUGUGGCCCUUUGCAAGAGUAACACCCAGCGUUUUGGGGAAUAUAAGAAAGACAACCUGAUUCCCAGAUAGAUACAAAAAUGAAGCAAGAAAAUCUAUCACGAUUGAUAACUAUUUGUUUUCGUACACACAUUCUCUGGCAAGUCUCAUUGUGCACUUGUUCGUGCAGGAUCAAUAAUUCAAUAAUAGCAAAAUUGCUCAUCAAUUAUUCAAAAGGGCGUGUUUCGUUUAUACCAUACGUCCCUAGCCCAUGACGUAGCGAAUUCCAUCACUCUAGUAUUAAGCGGUCGUGUUUAUUUGGUAUCUAAUGCAGUUAUAUUUUCUGUGACUUUUGAAGAGGCCGUGAAGCAAAAUGUCGUAUGGCGAGACCAGAACCCAAGAUGGUGGAUACUCCCAACCACAGUCUGGAGGUGACUUCUCUACUGCGUUCCCGCCUCAGCCAAAUGCUGAAGCUGCCAACCGUAGUAACUGCGGGGGAAACGUUUACCCUGCAAAUGUGCCUUACCACCAACCGAUGAAGGGGGUCCAGUCGAACGGAGGGCACCCGGGACAAGCUCACCCCCUGGCACCGGCCUACCCUCCCAUCUCUCACCAGCCUGUGCCUACUAACAAAGGUGUGAUGGUUCAUGGUGCGCAUCCAGCCAAUCAGAAUGCUCGACACGUGCACGGCCCAAGGCAGCGGACCAAUGACUCCAGCCCUUACAUCUGCUGCUGUGUGAUGUGCGCUUUUCCGACCUGCGACUGCGACUGUGACUGUUGCGACGGCUGUGACUGCGACCUCAUGUAAAAGUCUUAGUGCUGUUUAGUCUCACUCACCUUCUCACCCCAUUGCCUGUAGAUCAUACUGGUCUGUCAGUUGAGAGUCCCAAUCAGACUUCUCCCCGCACAGCUUGUCGGCUUCUUCAAAGGAAAUGUUUGUUCUUUUGGCCAGGAUAUUCUUCAGACCAUCAGUCCAUCUCAUCCUGGGUCUACCAAGGGGUCUUAUUCCAGGAGGUUUCCACUCCAGAAUACGUUUCACGCCCCUCGUGGCUGCCAUUCUUUUCACAUGACCAAACCACCUUCAUUGGCUUUUUUCCAGAGUGCUGUUUAGUAUGACAGUGAAAUAAAACAAAGAAAACAGUUGAACCGGACUUAAGGCCACAUUAGAUGUUGGCUUAACGCUGCAGUCUGUAGGAUUAUGUAUGGAUAUGGUAGCACAUGAGAGAACUUGUGAAAAAGGGGGUAACUAUAAUGCAUUGUCUGUUGUCUGUUGUCCGAUGUAAGUUAUCAUUAAUCCUAUCGAGUGUACAUUGUGGAUACAUGAGGGGGUUCUGGAUUUAGAAAUACCGAACCAGCUGCCAUUUGUAUGUAUUCCGAAGACCCAAAAUAUUCA